CUGAAAUGAACACAGAGCGGUGUGGUGUGUGUAUGCCUCUGGAUCUAAUAUCACCUACCUGUCCUUGUCACUCUGAUACUCAGCAGAGGUAGCCGCUGUUCACCACCGAUGCCAUGGCAGCGCUCAAUGGCCUAUUUUAAAGCAUUUAUCAGCUCAAACACAACGAGGGGUUUCCACUCAGCCGCAAGAGGAACCGCGCUGCUGUGCGUAUUUUGGAGAGCUGCUGAACACAUUCCGCAGUCGGACUUUCCGCUCAUCCUUCCAGUACUGAAAGGGACUUAAUCUGCUUUUUGACAACCAGUGGUGCGAUAUUUUGCCGAUGAACUCUAUGAGGGAUCCAUUAAACACAGACCACCACCACACAGGGAAUAAACUUGCCUCCACGCACUACACGGCUCUGGCGAUGGCCUCUAGUUUACAGCCGCUGCAGCGGUCUGUGGACUCUAAACACCGGCAUGAGGUGCACACCGUGUCGGACACUUCCAGCCCGGAGUCUGUCGAAAAAGAAAAGAACCAGAAUAAAAACGACGACUCCUCGGAUGACCCUUCGAAAAAGAAGCGGCAGCGGCGGCAGAGGACUCACUUCACCAGCCAGCAGCUGCAGGAACUGGAGGCCACUUUCCAGCGGAAUCGCUACCCGGACAUGAGCACGAGGGAGGAGAUAGCCGUGUGGACCAACCUCACAGAGGCCCGGGUCAGGGUUUGGUUCAAGAACCGGAGAGCCAAGUGGAGGAAACGGGAAAGAAACCAACAAGCCGAGCUUUGCAAAAACGGCUUCGGCCCUCAGUUCAACGGACUCAUGCAGCCCUACGAAGACAUGUACCCCAGCUACACGUACAACAACUGGGCCGCCAAGGGCCUCACCUCGGCCUCCUUAUCCACCAAAAGCUUCCCCUUCUUCAACUCCAUGAACGUCAACCCCUUGUCCUCGCAGACCAUGUUCUCGCCGCCCAACUCCAUAUCCUCCAUGACUUCCAGCAUGGUGCCAUCGGCGGUGACGGGCGUGCCGGGCUCCAGCCUCAACAGCCUCAACAACUUGAACAACCUCAGCAACCCGUCGCUCAACUCGGGGGUCCCCACGCCGACCUGCCCCUACGCGCCGCCGACCCCUCCUUACGUGUACAGGGACACUUGUAACUCCAGCCUGGCCAGCCUGAGACUGAAAGCCAAGCAGCACUCGAGUUUUGGAUACGCCAGUGUGCAGAAUCCGGCGACGAAUCUGAGCGCUUGCCAGUACGCCGUGGACAGACCCGUCUAAUACCAACCUGCACUGCCAAAAACGACCACCCUAACAAGUCAUCAAAGGCUGUAGUGGCGUGAUUUUGCGCGUAAUUUGGGUGAGGAAAUCUGGUUUUUACUUUUUUUCAUGCCUUUAGGGAAAUUCCUCCAUCGACUGGCAUCUUAGUUGGAAUGCUGCAUUAUUUUUGGCCCUUGUUUCUUUCCUCACCAUAUCGCCACUUGCCCCUUGAACAUUCCCCAACAUUAAAGAACCCUGUGAGAUUA